UCCCACUUCCUCCAGAGCCGGCCAUUCCUGGACAAACAUGCUAAUGAAACACAGCGUCGUCUGGGCCAGCAGAUAGCGAGGCAGACCCCUGUCCAACUCAAUUUCCGAGUGAUCAGAGUCAGAAAAGGUGGAGGCAAAUUCAGUGGACCAGUCCCUCCCUCCUACAUCCAUUUCCGCUUUCGCCAUACUACGUGUGACAACUGCCACACCCAGUUGGGUGGGAGUAAACAUCGAGUCUACCACUCCCUCCCUUUGACUGUCGUGUUGUGGGAGGCGCAAAAGGGGCGUCAGGAUAGCCCCUCCCAUGACCACAUCCAACACGUCCACCUGCACAACGAACUUUUUGUUUUCAUCCGGAUGGGCCAACACCGGAUCAGAGCCCCGGACAGGAUGGUGGUCACCGGGUGCCACGAAGCCGCCUAUGGCCACUUCGUCCAGGAGUUCUGCUUCAGCAGGUUUAAAUCUGACAUGGGAACUCUCAGGCAGACGCUGUGGUGUGACUGGGAGAAGACCUUUGGUUGGUACGGGGAACUUAUCAACUGUACCUUCCUGAUAGCUACAAAACUGGAUUGCUACUGGCCAAACAAGCUAGUGGAUGAGUUCUUCAUAGGAAUUCACCAGCACUACUUCAAAAGCUGCCCUGUCUCAGGGAGGUCUUUGCACGACCCCCCCAACACCGUUCUGUGCCCCUUCAUUGUGGUCCCAAUCUUUGUCACGCUUCUCAUGACAGCAGUGGUGGUGUGGCGCAGUAAGCGCAGUGAAGGCAUCGUCUGAACCUCUUCCGUCCCUGGAAGCGCACUGCAAGAUCUCUUGCUGCUGAUGAAGAGGGACUUGGAAGUCUCCAGAUCUCACAUUAAGGGAACUCUGGUUCAUUCAUGUUGGACCUGAAGCAAACUGUAGUGAAGAACAGUUUGCUGUUCUUGCACUGGAACACAGAGUUUUAAAAGUAAUAUUUCUAAACAUUGUUCCCUAGGGAAAAUCGUUCUGCCACUGAGAGAAAAGUGCUGCAACUAGAUCUGUUAGAACUAGGAAAUGUGUCCAUGCUCUUAAUAGCUGAACCAUUUGUGAUUUGGUAUAAUUAAGGGCAUGUCUGUACUGUUGUCUCCUCUCUAAAGCGCCUCACAUUUACUUUGCCUUUGGGUUAUCUCUGGCAUUCGCCUCCUACACCUUACACAUUUGCUUCUUGAUUCUGAUUUUUUCUUUGGGUCAGGUAAUUUAUGGAAGAAUAUUGCAGGAUAUUUGGACACAGCCUCCAACAGCUUUGCUGUGGUGCAAAUGACAGGACAUUAAGGUGAUUUUAAAAAAUAAGGGUAAAAAGAUGGGAUUAUAUUUUUCAGUUCCAGAUGAGGUCCACUACCAGCUGGGCAAUGGUUAGAAUGCAAAGCAACACAAGGCAGGGUAUAAUCAAGUUUAUGACACCUGUGGAGAAAUGCCACCCACCCAAGAAUUCACCCCAAUGUUUCAGUUACUAUUACUUCUGUGUGUCCUUGGACAAGAGCCCUACCGCUGAGUGACAGCUGUCAGAAGGGAGGGAGGUUAGCGAGAGGGAGUUGCUGAGUUCCCAGCAGCACAGAGCAUUCAAGCUCUUAGGUGUGCUAAUGGCUUGCUCUCCUAUUCCUAGCAAGAGAGUCACACGGAGAGCCAUAAAGCUUGGAAGACUAAAGAGAGGGAAGGAAGCUCUUCAUUUGAGACCGAAAGGGCCAUCUCAUGUGUGCCCCCGUGUGGGGAGGUGGGGUGCGGGAGGUUAUAAAAACCUUUAGACAUCUGGGAGACUCUCCCCACCCCCACCCGGAUUUGGGCAGCUCUCUGGCCAUGCAGCAGCCACAAUGGCCCAGCCUUUCACCAAGGGACUCCCAUUACGGUUCACAGAGCAUAUGGCACAAUAGAGUGGGUGGAGUCCAAACCUAGAGAUCCAACAUAACGAUGAACUCCUAACGUGCUGUAACUUUGAGUAAAUGUUGCCUGUCCUAAAACUCAACAUAAUUUAGGGGGUCCCUGGUGUAGGGACAGAAACCUGUGUGUUCUCACACCCUUGUUCACUUGCUAAGCCUGUGUUGCUUGAGUGGAACGCGUGGCUUCUUUUAUUCCUUUAUUAAACUUCCUCACCUGCUAGAUGCUCUUCUGUCUGAUCUCUGGGAAAACGCCAUGUCUGUCUGGUCUCGGUAUCUGGCCUGUGGUGCUGGGGAGGGUCAGCAGGGAGGCACGACAGACAGCCGUAAAGGGCGAGGUUGUGAUAGCUGGCUGCAAGUGGGGUUGCAAAUACGGUGUGGCCCAGUCUGGCAGGAGACACUCCUCUAAGAGUCACGGUGGGUGGCAGCUGGUGCUUACCCAGUUUGCGACACACACCCCUCCCCCAGGGUUUCCCCUGACCUCCCAGGGAUCUAAUUGGAAGGAACAAGGGAGGGCUUGUGAGACUCUGUUUCUGCAAAAUCAUCAUGGCAUCUCUGUUGAGCCGUCCACUAGAACCUAAGGUCUUUUCCCCCCUCUCAGUCCAAGCCAGUUCAGCCCGGUAGUGAUUAUUUAAAGUCAGGCUUUUUUUGUUCCGAUGGGCAUCACUGUAUGCUUAUCUACAGGGAGCGGUGGCGCAGGCAGUAAAUGAAGCCUGCAUUCCAUCUGGCCAAACAGCGUCAGCUG